GGAUGGAGCUGCCUUUGGGGUUUGAGUUCGAGGAGUCGGUGUUCGAGGGGGGCGGCCGGGCCCAGAAGGACCCCUCCUCCCUUCCCCCUGCCUACAGUGCCCGCUGCUGCGAGCCCCAGUGGUUUUGUGCAGAAACAGACUUUGGGGAUGAUGCUGAAAUUAUCAAUGUAAAAAAAUUCAGAGGAGAUUUGGCAUAUAGUCAACAAGAUUUUAAGUCUCUGCAAACCUCGUUUCAGAAGGCUCUCUGUGAAUACUCCAGCUGCUACGCUCUGCUGCCUCCCAGCAACAUAGCCAUGAGAAGAGACGUACAAGAGAGUCGGGCUCGCUGUCUGGCUCAUCUGGGGCGACACAAGGAAGCUUUGGAAAUCGCAGAGAUGCUGAGAAACGGAGCAACAAACACUGACCACCUAACAACAAUAUUGGGCCUGCAGUUCACCAUAUACCGCACCAUGGGCCAUAUUGAGAAAAUGACUGGGUGCUUGCAGCAGCUGAUUUCGUUACAUCCUUUUCACUCUGGAUACUGGAAGCUGCUGGCCGAGGCUUAUAUGAGCCUUUUGCCUUCUCCUCUGCCCUUGUUGGCCUCGAGAGGUGAUCUCCCACAAUGCAGUGGCUUGGCCAUUUUAUCAGAGCCCCUUGGAAACAGAGCUGGCUUUCAACAUUGCAAAAAGCACACUCGGAGAAAGGAUUUCUCUUUGCCGCUUCCCUCUGAAACAAAUGGGAGCUUUGUGACUGGUGAGGAAAGACAAAGAGUAGAGGAACACAUCACUGACCUAGAGAAACUGGAAGCCCAGCACACAGUCGACAGUGUCACGUUUGAUAUCAUGGGACAGGAAGAAAUUUGGACUUACGCAUGUGCUUCCUUUGUUAGAGCAAGGCUCUUGCUGCAGCUGCUCCAGGCGCAUCAGUGUUCCUUUGCUUUAGAGAGUAACUUAAAAGCGCAGCAGGAAAUUGAAGAUAAAGUGGCAUCUUUUGGACUGAAGAGAGACGUCCUGUUCUUGGUGACUGAGGUUAUGGGCGAGGAUCUCACCCCUGAAAAAUUCAAGGAGGACACCCAGGGAGAGGUGAAAUGUAUAGGAGCUUCAGCUCUGGCCUCCCUAAUGACUGCCUCGAUGGGAGGCUUUGAAAGAAAGUGGUUCCAAAAGCUCAGAGGCCAGUUGUGCUGUUUGGACUGCUGCACGUGAUGGAGGCUGGCCCCAGCAAAGACUUGUUCUGAUUGGUCUCAGAUGAGGACUUGAUUGGACAUUCCUAAGGGGCGUGGUCAGCCAGGCUGCUCAGCGUGCAUGCUGGUCGAAGGAACGAGCAGGGGUUCCGCACCUGAAGUGGCCUGCAGCUGCCUCCUCCAAAAACAUAGUUUCUACUUGCAUCAACGUGCCUUGGGCAGUGGGAGGUGGUUGGGCUGGGCGGGGUCUGAAAACAUGCAGUGUAGCAGAACAGAUCUGGGUCAAGUUAAUGACAGACAUGAACCCCCACAAAGCUGCAUUUCCUUGAAUGAAACCAAAAAGCUCUCCAUGAUCUCAGGGAAAGGGUCUUUCAUGUCACUUACCGCUUGGUUUAUGGAAACUGGAGAUGCCAGGGAUUGAACCUAGAAUCUUCUGCAUGGCACGCAGAGGCUCUUCCCCAAAGCCACAUCCCGUCUCUACUUGAUUGGAUGGGAUUUCUCCUGGAAAUCCUGCGUAAACCACCUUGAGUUCCAUGAUGGAAGACAGGCGUGCCUUACAGGGAAAUAAUUG